AGUGAGUGUCGCUACUGUUAUGUUAGACUGUGAUGUCAACUAUAAAAUUUCCUACAUCGACAUUGUACCGCUCCCAUCCGUUAAAUGUCUGUGUCAAUGUCACAAUCUGAAACGCGUUGUGGAAUGUUACGUUCCAUUCUUUGAAGUCCAGUUGGUAUUGUGAAGCGUAAUAACACUUCACAACUACACGGAAUAAAACCACCAGAUGCGAAUGUUUUGGGGUAGCUAACAUGGCGGAUCUUUCCUUGAGUCGGCUUCAAGUUUGUGACAACUCUUCUUGAGCCCAACGGUAUUUCUCGUUGGCCUCGAACCAGUGAUCUCUAAUGAAGAUCACUGCCUGACUUUUACCUUCAUACCUGUUAAGACAACCGAGAAACGUAUUCUAACAUCCUUGGAAUCGACGACAAAAGUUCCUUGCAGGUGGGGUAGCAGCAACACGAUCUUAACUGAGACACUUCAGCUAUUGGCCACCCUGUAAAGUUGAACUGCUUUGCUGAUCAGUAUCUCUGAUGCACAAGUGGUCAUUAGUAGAAUACUGUCAAGUUUGAAAGUUGAUCUUCACUAGUUUGAAGUAACUUCGAGAUGAACUGCUUACUGAGUUGUUUAAGUAACUUUCUGUGAAAUGGGCAAUUCAGUUAGUGCGUCAAUUCAAGUGGUGUACACAUUGAUGUAUUAAUCACUGUGACAUACGAAGUCACAAGUAAGACGACACACCUCCUUUUUCCACAAUGAAGAUAAACGAGAAGAAUUUGGCCGCAUUUGCUUCCUCUGCAACACCAGUGGAUAGGGAAGGCUGGCUUGUGAAAAGGGGUGAAGUAAACAAAGGUUACCAAAAACGCUGGUUCGUUCUUAAAGGAAAUUUAUUGUUCUACUUCGAAAAACGCGGUGAUAAAGAACCAGUUGGCGUGAUUAUUUUGGAGGGCUGUACCAUAGAGUUGGCUGAAGACGAAGAUCAGUUUGGUUUCAAAAUUGUGUUCCAUGGUCCUGGAAAUCGUAGUUAUGUUCUUGGUGCAGAGUCUCAAGAGAGCAUGGAACAGUGGAUGAAAGCACUGGCUUGUGCAAGCUAUGAUUACAUGAAACUCAUGGUUGCAGAAUUGCAAAGGCAACUGGAUGAAAUGGAAGAGUGUGAAGUCUUAAGUAAAAAUGCAAGUAAGAAAAUUGUACCUGAGAGCCGUGAACACAAGCCAUCGGAUUCUCCUUUACCACCACCUCGACAGCGACACAAUCCCUUCAACAGAAUACAACCAGCUACAAGUUUGGAUGGCCAGAACGGCUCUGGUUUUCCACACCAUUUCCGUUCUCAUAGUAUACGGUCAGCACCAGGCAGAUCUGAUGGUACUUACAGAUCCUAUGAGAAUGUUCCCCGAACUAAAGUGACUUUCAGAGAUUUACAUACCGCUUAUGGUCGCAGAGUUCUGACUGAUUUCAAUGCAUGGCGACACUCAAAAAGAUUAGAGCAGGAGAAGAAGCAGGUGGCAGAGUCAUCACAAGACUUACUCAUAACACUGUAAGUCAUUCAUAAACCACAAAAUCACUGUGGAGAUAUUAAUCAUAUUGUUGAGACUGCUAUAAUAAUAGAUAUUCUGUGCUUAUUACAUUCAAAAUGCGUUGCUGCAGUACGUGGUGUGUAAUUUAUCUUAUUUAUUAUUAGGGUCUUGAAAACUUGAGCAGUAAAUAAACAUAAACAAGUCAUACUUAUCAGUUGAUGAAUUAGGACCAAGUGAACAGAUUAAAGCAAAUGGCAACAAAUUAAAAAAAAUCUAUCUUCUGUUAAAGACAAUGAUCAUCUGGUAACUAAAAGCUGAGUUUGAAGUGAAAAAAUCCAUCAUUCAUGGAAUGAAAAUAGUAUCACUUGAUUCUUUGUCUUCAGAAGCUAAUGUUAUUUUGCAUGUCUCAUGACCACAAGAGUAUUAUAGCUGUCUAGGAGUAUAUUAUUUUCCCCUCAUUACUGCUGUAUUAGUUACUGACUAAUUUAGAAAUGUAGGGGCAAAAGAUGUAUAAUUGAUGAGUAAUGUCUAUUUUGAUUCUUGUAGCGUUUAUAAUGUGCACAUGUGUAACACUUAUUGUACAACAUCUCAGUGACCUGAUUAUUUAACAUAUAUUUUCUUCAUAUUAUUUAUAAGGCUAUGUAAGGUAUAGUUGAUUAUUAUAGAGAAGCAUUAAAUACAUAUAUUUUCUUAGUGGUUUUGAUGUACAAUGGCAAUGGCUGUUAUGCAAGCUAUGUUAUAAAAGUCUUCCAAUAGAAAUUGCCUCUUGUUAUUGUACAUAUAAGUAAACAUCCUGUGUUUUGUUUCUGUAAUAUUUAUGCUGUGUAUAAUUAUUAUUACAUUAUACAAUCUGUAACUGAAAGGACAUAACGUAAAAUAAACUCAUUGAUCGAA